AGAAAUAUCAUCAUAAAGGGCAAAGCUCCUGUAGAUUCGGAAUGCGAGCCUAAAAUCAACUCGGCUCAUGUAUUUUACGAAGACGAUAUCAUAUAUGAUGUACUACUUAAUCAAACUAAUUUUCAAUUCAACAACAACAAAUUUUACAUAAUACAGCUUAUCGAGGAUGACGCUGUCAUGAAUUAUUCAGUUUGGUACAGAUGGGGGAGGGUUGGGAGAGUAGGGCAAUCUAAGCUAGAGAGCUAUGGAUCAGAUCUUGAAGGUGCAAAGGAAGCUUUUAUCGGAAAAUUUUACGCCAAGACUUUUAAUCACUGGAGUGACCGUACCAAUUUUGUGAAAGUGGAUGGAAAAUAUGAUAUCGUUCAUCUUGACUAUGCCAUUCAGUCUGACGAUGUUCCUGCGAAAAAGAAAAAACGGAAAACUGAUUCAAAAUUAUCAGAGCCUACCUUCGUAAGUUUGUGA